GAUCACAUGGGAUGGAGGCGCGUGUUUGGGAAGCAGUGAGAGUGCGCAGAGAAUUAAAUGGACACUAAGUAACUUCCCUCACUGUCAUCUACUUGUCCGAAUUCCAAACUUCAAUGCAAAUACCAAAUCAAUUUUUUUUCCCUUUCCUUUUGUUAGUUUUUGUUUGCUCCCAGUUUUAGGAGGGAAAAGCUUCAUCAAACCAACAAACACCUUCUCGGAAAUUCCGUAACCCUACUUCUCUCUUCUCUUCCUGAACCCACAAAGAAAAUCUCAAGUUCAGUAUUCACAGAGAGAGAGAGAGAGAGAGAGAGAGAGAGAGAGAGAGAGAGAAUGUUUGCAGCUGAGAAUGGCCUGGAAGGAGACCCAAGGCUACAAGCCAUUUCAGAAGCUAUAAGGGUUAUUCCCAAUUUUCCUAAAAAAGGAAUAAUGUUUCAAGACAUAACGACACUGCUGCUGGAUCCGAAGGCGUUCAAGCACACUGUUGACAUCUUCGUUGAUCGUUACAGAGAUAUGAAGAUCUCUGUCGUCGCUGGAGUUGAAGCGAGAGGAUUCAUGUUCGGUCCACCGAUUGCGCUUGCUAUCGGAGCCAAGUUCGUUCCUUUACGUAAGCCCAGAAAACUACCUGGGGAAGUGAUAUCUCAGGAGUAUGAGUUGGAGUACGGCGAAGAUUGCUUGGAAAUGCACGUCGGAGCCGUCGUGCCCGGGGAACGGGCUCUCGUUAUCGACGAUCUCGUGGCUACGGGCGGAACCCUUUGCGCCGCAAUCAAUCUUCUCGAGCGGAUGGGAGCUGAAGUUGUGGAAUGCGCUUGCGUUAUCGGGUUACCGGACGUUAAGGGGCAGGAGAGGUUGAAGGGGAAGCCAUUGUACAUUCUAGUCGAGCCUCGGAUAAUGGAGAAGGUUUGUUCAGAGUCGUGUUUGUAUCCGUGCGUGACGGGCGACCUGCGGAGCACAUCGGAGAAUGGAUUUCACUAACCUUUCUCUUCUAGAAUCGUUGAUCUCUUUCCGGGGGGCUUUGAAGACGAAAUCUCGAGCUAACAUUGCUUCUCCAGCCAAGGAAUCUGCUUCUUCCACGACCAAAAUCUGUUUUAAUCGGCUUAGCUAUUAUAUGAGAAACGAAAUUUCCAUUUCAUGAUGUAUUAUUAGAUAACAUCCUCGUCUCUGAUAACAUUCUAGUCCUAUGAUGUUCAAGAACUCAUUAAGAAACU